AACAAGUUUCUUGAAAUCCCUUUCGCGAUGCCCCCAUGUGCAGGAUACCUGUUUGAUUCUCUUCAUUAGCUGACCAUGCCUGCGUAUAGAAUUGGGGACCUUCGCUUCCGACUGCCGAAGUACAUUGGCGCGUUCAGUGGUGACCCGACCAAGGUGACAAUCUGGGGUCAAUCUGCCGGGGCGAUCUCCACUGCACUUCAUAUGGUAACGAAUGGUGGUGAUACUGAAGGUUUGUUUCGUGGCGCAUUCAUGCAAUCUGGCUCACCCAUUCCUGUCAGCGAUAUUACGCAUGGACAGCAAUUCUACAAUGCAUUGGUCUCUGAUACUGGUUGCACUGGUUCUUCGGAUACUUUGCAAUGUUUGCACGAGGUGCCUUUCAAUCAACUCAAAGCCACAGUCAAUGAAUCCCCAGGAAUAUUCGCAUACCAGAACUGCGAUGAUGAGGGAACCCUCUUGGCUUUAUUGUCAUUAAAUGUAACAAAUGAGGUGGCACUCCGCAACUAUGUCACUACAGUGUUUAUUCCAAAUGCCGCCGCAAGCGAUGUUGACAAACUAGUUUCUCUUUAUCCAUCAAGCAUUUCUGAAGGCUCGCCGUUUGGCACCGGCAUUCUGAAUGCUCUUACAUCGCAAUAUAAGCACAUUGCUGCACUGCUUGGUGAUCUCGUGUUCCAAUCAUCCCGUCAGCUGUUCUUGCAGAACUAAUCGUCAAAGCAAGAUACCUGGUCUUUUCGUAAGUCAACUGCCUCUACUCACUUUCCACUAAAGCUCUGUUGUUAUAUAGUCAACAAGCAUCUCAAAGCACUUUCAGUCUUAGGAUCGGUGCAUAGUGUCAACACUUUUGAGUCUCUCUACAGGUAUAUUCAGGUUAUUCUCAGGCUCAUGCUACCGACAUCCUCAAUGUCUAUGGUCCCAGAGAUAUGACCAAUUUUCUGAUCAAAUUUGUCAACCAUUUAGACCCAAAUGGUGCAACGGGAGGUUCAUGGCCAAAAUAUGAUACAACUUCUGCACAGCUUAUGACUUUUUCUGACGGUUCAGUUCCUCUGUCAAUUACAACCGAUACUUUCUGCAAGGAUGCCAUCUCAUUUUUGACCGCACUCGCGCUCAAUAACCCAAUGUAGAAUGC